GCGGACCGAAGUGAAGUGGUUAAAGUUUCGAGAAGGAGACAAGUGGAGUGGAUUGGUUUGGUAUUGAAUCCGGCGUGGCGUGAAGCAGAGUAGAGUGACGCCAGUCGCAGGCUAUCCCUUUAUCCGGACGGUAGAGGUAUGUACCUGGGUACCUCGUUGUGUUUCUAGCCGUUCUUCUACCACCUCUACCUGGCACGCCCGAUCCGAACCGAAACUCCCCGAGUGGACGUGUUAAUGUGCCGGUCACCGUGGCCCGUCCGCUGGAACCGAGUUUUUUCGAGUUUCGAGCGCCAACACAGUUUUCCUGGCCAUCCGAACGAUCGGCAUGGCCAUCGACUUUUGAGCGAGUGCAGUGUGUGUCUCAUAUGGAGCCAGCUUAGGACUUUUAGCUGUUCCUGCUGCUGCUGUUGCUGCUGCCGUUCCUGCCCGCCCGUCUUUCUCCUUACUCGCACAAGGUGGCGGGCCGGCAACCGCGUUUUGAGAAAUGGUUAUCGUCACUCGGGGGGAUUACAUAUGGAUCGAACCUAUAUCGGGAAGAGAAUUUGACGUUGCUAUAGGUGCCCGUGUUAUAUCUGCGGAAGGUAGACGAAUACAAGUUAAGGACGACGAUAAUAAGGAGCAAUGGCUUACGCCAGAAAGAAGAAUAAAAGCCAUGCACGCAACUUCGGUGCAGGGAGUGGAGGAUAUGAUCAGCCUCGGGGAUUUACACGAGGCUGGCAUUUUGCGAAACCUCUUGAUACGCUACAACGAGAAUCUCAUCUAUACCUACACGGGUUCUAUACUCGUCGCCGUAAAUCCGUAUCAGAUCCUACCGAUUUACACUGCUGAGCAGAUAAAGCUUUAUAAAGAUCGUAAGAUUGGUGAGUUGCCACCUCAUAUAUUUGCCAUUGGGGAUAAUAGUUAUGCUCACAUGAAACGUUAUGGACAGGAUCAAUGUAUUGUUAUAAGUGGGGAGAGUGGUGCUGGAAAGACGGAGAGUACUAAAUUGAUUUUACAAUAUUUGGCCGCCAUCAGUGGAAAGCAUUCCUGGAUCGAACAGCAAAUUUUGGAAGCCAAUCCUAUCCUUGAGGCCUUCGGCAAUGCCAAGACUGUGAGAAAUGACAAUUCCUCUCGAUUUGGGAAAUACAUUGAUAUACAUUUUAAUGAGCAUGGCGUCAUCGAGGGCGCUAAGAUCGAACAGUACCUGUUGGAAAAGUCACGUAUCGUUUCUCAAAGUUUUGAUGAGAGAAAUUAUCAUGUAUUUUAUUGUAUGCUCGCGGGUCUCUCGAGAGACGAAAAGCAUAAACUCGAAUUGGAGGACGCUUCUAAUUACAAAUAUCUUACAGGAGGUGGCAGUAUCACCUGCGAGGGCAGGGACGAUGCUGCGGAAUUUGCAGACAUACGCUCGGCCAUGAAAGUCUUGCUGUUUUCGGACUCUGAAAUUUGGGAAAUUCUAAAAUUGCUCGCGGCUCUGUUGCAUAUGGGAAAUAUUAAGUACAAAGCUACUGUAGUGGAUAAUUUAGACGCCACUGAAAUUCCAGAGCAGACAAACGUAAAGAGGGUUGCUCAUUUGUUAGGGGUUCCUGUACAAUCCCUGGUGGAUGCGUUAACGCGCAGAACAAUUUUUGCACAUGGCGAGACAGUGGUAUCAACGUUAUCCAGAGAUCAGUCAGUUGACAUUCGUGACGCGUUCGUCAAAGGAAUUUAUGGGCGAUUAUUUGUUCACAUAGUGAAAAAAAUCAACGAGGCAAUUUACAGGCCAAAAAAUAUCUCCCGCAGUGCAAUAGGAGUCCUUGAUAUUUUUGGUUUUGAAAAUUUCAAUCACAACAGCUUCGAGCAAUUUUGCAUCAACUACGCGAACGAGAAUUUACAGCAAUUUUUUGUUCAGCACAUAUUCAAACUGGAACAGGAGGAGUAUAAUCACGAGGGAAUAAAUUGGCAGCACAUUGAAUUCGUUGACAAUCAAGAUGCUUUAGAUCUAAUAGCUAUUAAACAACUAAACAUAAUGGCGCUAAUCGACGAGGAAUCAAAGUUUCCAAAAGGCACGGAUCAAACCAUGUUGGCUAAGAUACACAAAACUCAUGGAACUCAUAGAAAUUAUUUAAAACCAAAAUCUGACAUAAACACCUCAUUUGGCCUGAAUCAUUUUGCCGGCGUCGUGUUCUAUGACACGAGAAGCUUUUUGGAGAAGAAUCGGGACACUUUUAGUGCUGAUCUGCUUCAGUUAAUUCAUAUCUCGGCCAACAAGUUCUUGCAAACUUGUUUCGUUGAGGAUAUUAGUAUGGGAUCUGAGACAAGAAAACGAGCGCCGACUUUGUCCACCCAGUUUAAAAAAUCCUUGGACUCCUUGAUGAGGACAUUGUGCAACUGCCAGCCGUUUUUCAUUCGUUGUAUAAAGCCGAACGAAUACAAGAAACCUAUGAUGUUCGAUAGAGGACUUUGUUGCCGUCAACUUAGAUACUCUGGAAUGAUGGAAACCAUAAGAAUUCGUAGAGCAGGAUAUCCCAUAAGACAUUCCUUCCCUGAGUUUGUAGAAAGAUAUAGAUUUUUAAUUACAGGAAUACCGCCGUCCCAUAAAACUGAUUGUCGAGCUGCAACAUCGCGAAUUUGUCAUUCUGUUCUUGGCCGAUCAGAUUAUCAAUUGGGACACACAAAAGUUUUUUUGAAGGAUGCGCAUGAUUUGUUUCUCGAGCAAGAACGAGAUCGAGUUCUUACCAGAAAAAUAUUGAUUCUUCAACGCAAUAUUCGUGGUUGGGUUUACAGAAGAAGAUUUUUAAGAAUGCGCGCCGCCGCUAUUAAAAUUCAGAAAUAUUGGCGCGGUUUUGCACAGCGACAGAGAUACAAACGAAUGAGAAUCGGAUAUAUGAGAUUACAAGCUUUAAUACGCUCUCGUGUUCUCUCGCACAGAUUUAGACAUCUUAGAGGGCACAUUGUAGGUCUUCAGGCACGUGCAAGGGGCCACCUGGUCCGAAGAAUGUAUCGCAAAAAAAUGUGGGCCAUAGUGAAGAUUCAGGCACACGUCAGACGGCUUAUAGCUCAACGAAGAUACAAGAAAAGUAAAUACGAAUAUCGUCUUCAUAUCGAAGCGUUACGACUCAGAAAGAAAGAAGAACGAGAACUCAAGGAUCAAGGAAAUAAAAGAGCGAAAGAGAUUGCUGAGCAGAAUUAUAGGGAAAGAAUGCAAGAGCUGGAAAGAAAAGAAAUCGAAUUGGAAUUGGAGGAUAGACGACGAAUGGAAAUCAAAAAGAAUUUAAUUAACGAUGCUGCUAAAAAGCAAGAUGAACCUGUAGACGAUAGUAAACUGGUAGAAGCGAUGUUUGAUUUCCUACCAGAUUCUAGUAGCGAAGCUCCAACACCCGCCAGGGAAACAUCAGUCUUUAAUGAUCUACCGGCCCCAAAAGCGGAUCAACAAGAAAUCAUCAGUCCAAUGCAAACGGCCUCAGAAGACGAAGAGGAUCUUUCAGAAUUCAAGUUUCAAAAAUUCGCAGCCACAUAUUUCCAAGGGAACAUAACACAUCAAUAUUCUCGGAAGCCGCUUAAACAUCCUUUACUUCCUUUGCACACUCAAGGGGAUCAAUUGGCAGCACAAGCACUCUGGAUCACCAUACUUAGAUUUACAGGAGACCUACCGGAACCCCGUUAUCACACAAUGGACCGUGACACCACUUCUGUCAUGUCUAAAGUGACAGCUACACUGGGCCGUAAUUUUAUACGCAGCAAAGAAUUCCAAGAAGCACAAUUGAUGGGAAUGGAUCCUGAAACUUUCCUGAAGCAGAAACCACGCUCGAUCCGGCACAAAUUGGUGUCGCUAACAUUAAAACGAAAAAACAAAUUGGGCGAAGACGUCCGACGGAAACUUCAGGAAGACGAAUACACAGCAGACAGUUACCAGUCCUGGUUGGAAGCGAGACCGACAUCUAACCUGGAGAAACUCCACUUCAUAAUUGGUCACGGCAUACUCCGUGCAGAAUUGCGAGACGAAAUUUAUUGUCAGAUUUGCAAACAACUGUCGAACAACCCGUCAAAGUCUUCGCACGCUCGUGGUUGGAUUCUACUUUCACUCUGUGUCGGGUGUUUUGCGCCUUCUGAAAAAUUUGUCAACUACCUACGUGCCUUCAUCAGGGAAGGUCCACCUGGUUACGCGCCAUACUGUGAGGACAGACUCAAGAGAACCUUUAAUAACGGUACAAGAAAUCAACCACCCAGUUGGUUGGAACUUCAGGCAACGAAGUCUAAGAAGCCUAUAAUGCUUCCCAUAACGUUCAUGGAUGGAAAUACAAAAACCUUAUUGGCGGAUUCUGCCACUACUGCUCGUGAAUUAUGUAAUCAGUUAUCUGAUAAGAUUUCACUAAGAGAUCAAUUUGGUUUUUCAUUGUAUAUUGCACUCUUCGACAAAGUCUCCUCGUUGGGUAGUGGUGGUGAUCACGUUAUGGAUGCUAUUUCACAAUGCGAACAAUACGCUAAAGAACAAGGAGCUCAGGAACGUAACGCACCUUGGAGAUUGUUUUUCAGGAAGGAAAUAUUUGCACCAUGGCACGAACCGACGGAGGACCAAGUCGCUACCAAUUUAAUUUAUCAGCAGGUAGUGCGUGGUGUUAAAUUCGGAGAGUACCGUUGUGACAAAGAGGAAGAUCUUGCUAUGAUAGCUGCACAACAAUAUUAUAUCGAAUAUCACAUAGAUAUGAAUGUCGAUCGACUUUUUACGCUUCUGCCAAAUUAUAUUCCUGAUUAUUGUCUCACUGGUAUCGACAAGGCCAUUGAAAGAUGGGGACAUCUCGUUUUACAAGCUUACAGAAAGAGUUAUUAUUUAAAGGAAAAAGUACCUGCGUUACGUGUCAAGGAGGAUAUCGUUGGAUAUGCUAAAUUCAAGUGGCCCCUACUCUUCUCCAGGUUUUACGAAGCUUACAGGAAUUCUGGACCAAAUCUUCCCAAGAAUGAUGUCAUCAUUGCUGUUAAUUGGACCGGUGUCUACGUAGUCGACGAUCAGGAACAGGUGCUUCUAGAGUUGUCCUUCCCCGAAAUCACCACCGUAUCUAGUCAAAAAACAAACAAGAUGUUCACGCAGACAUUCAGUUUGUCGACGGUGCGUGGCGAGGAGUUCACGUUCCAGAGCCCGAACGCUGAAGAUAUCCGGGACCUGGUGGUGUACUUCCUUGAAGGACUUAAGAAACGUAGCAAGUUCGUUAUAGCGUUGCAGGAUUACAAGGCGCCUGGGGAAGGAUCCUCUUUCGUCAGCUUCCAAAAAGGAGAUCUUAUUAUUCUGGACGAUGAGAGUACCGGUGAAACCGUACUGAACUCAGGAUGGUGUGUAGGAAUAUGUGACAGAACCGGUGACAAAGGUGACUUCCCUGCAGAGACUGUCUAUGUUUUACCAUCCCUUACGAAACCUCCCAAUGAUAUUUUGGCAUUGUUCAGCAUCGAGGGUGCAGAAAAUGGACGUAGACUAUAUCCUCAGCAAACAAAUGGAGUUGAAUCUCGUGACAAGCCUCAUACGCUUUUGGAAUAUGCAAUAGAUCAUUUCAGAACUCCACCCAAGAGAACAAUGUCAAAAGCUUUGACAUUAACAACAGCCAGGCGUGGCCACGGUGAUGAGCUGUGGCGUCAUUCAAGAGACCCGAUAAAACAACCACUGCUCAAGAAAUUGACUUCUAAAGAAGAAUUGGCCGAAGAAGCCUGUUUUGCCUUUAACGCAAUUCUCAAGUAUAUGGGAGAUCUUCCCACUAAGAGACCACGUGUGGGCAAUGAAUAUACUGAUCAUAUAUUUGACGGACCCUUAAAAAAUGAGAUUCUGAGAGAUGAGAUAUAUUGUCAAAUUAUGAAGCAACUGACAGACAAUAGAAAUCGUCUUAGCGAGGAACGGGGUUGGGAAUUAAUGUGGCUGGCUACAGGACUAUUUACGUGCAGUCAGAGUCUUUUAAAGGAAUUGACUUUGUUUCUCAGAACAAGACGCCAUCCGAUAUCUCAGGAUUCGUUGCAGAGACUUCAAAAGACUCUACGAAAUGGGCAGCGAAAAUAUCCUCCACAUCAGGUCGAGGUUGAAGCCAUUCAGCACAAAACUACUCAGAUAUUCCAUAAGGUUUACUUCCCGGACGACACGGACGAGGCCUUUGAAGUUGAUUCGUCUACCAGAGCUAAAGAUUUUUGCCAAAAUAUUGCACAAAGAUUGAAUCUUCGCUCGGGAGAAGGUUUCAGUCUGUUUGUCAAGAUUGCUGAUAAAGUUAUUUCUGUCCCUGAAGGAGACUUCUUUUUUGAUUUUGUGAGACAUCUCACAGAUUGGAUUAGAAAAGCUCGUCCGUCCAGAGAUGGAGUUGCGCCACAAUUUACUUAUCAAGUUUUCUUCAUGAAAAAGUUGUGGACCAAUACGGUGCCUGGAAAGGACAGAAAUGCUGAUCUUAUAUUCCACUUCCAUCAGGAGCUACCGAAAUUACUUAGAGGAUAUCACAAAUGCACUAAAGAGGAAGCUUCGAGAUUGGCUGCUUUGGUCUACAGAGUUCGUUUCGGGGAGAGUAAACAAGAAUUACAAGCUAUUCCUCAAAUGCUCAAAGAAUUGGUACCAGCUGACCUGGUAAAGAUUCAAAGUUCCAACGAUUGGAAACGCUCAAUAAUAGCUGCCUAUAAUCAAGAUGCUGGGAUGAGUCCAGAAGAUGCAAAAAUAACAUUCUUAAAGAUCGUUUACCGCUGGCCAACGUUUGGAUCAGCGUUUUUCGAAGUAAAGCAAAGUACGGAACCAAAUUACCCAGAAUUAUUAUUAAUUGCCAUUAAUAAACACGGUGUGAGUCUCAUUCAUCCUCUAACAAAGGAUAUAUUAGUAACCCAUCCAUUUACAAGAAUCUCUAAUUGGUCGUCCGGCAAUACAUAUUUUCACAUGACGAUCGGUAAUCUGGUACGCGGUUCUAAGCUGUUGUGUGAAACAUCACUGGGAUACAAAAUGGACGAUCUUCUCACGUCAUACAUAUCCCUAAUGCUGACGAAUAUGAACAAGCAGCGCACAAUAAGGAUAAAAUAGAGAAUGGUCGACACAUCUUCAAGAGCACUUGAGACGAUGAUGAAGCUCCAAGAUUUUUGUAAGAUAUUCGUGAACGGAAUUAAUAAAUAUUGAAAAAGAGUUCAUUGCUCGUGACGAAGCUUUCACGGAAUAACUUAAUCCGUCCAGUGGCAUGAAGGAUGUAAUUAAUUAUUACUAUUAGUUCAGAAUUUACUGCUGUGAAUAAUAAAGAUUACCGUAUUUGCCAUCGCGGCUA